CCACUGUACACGCUCCAGACUCCAGACUCCACUCUCCACAGCCAAAAACCCCACCGCAUAUUCUCCCAUCUCCUCCGUCCAUUCCUCCACGUAACCCCGCCACAACGCACGCGCCACACCUGCAAGUACCAUUCCCAAUUGGCUGACCCCUAUGAACCUCCGCCGACACCGUAUUCACUUUCCCUCUCCCCACUGUAUGGUAGAAACUUCCCGUUGGCGCGAGGAAAACGAUAGCGUCGAUCCCACUCUAUUCCUCCAAAAAACCAGGACUAAACAACGCCCAUAGUAAACAUAAGGAAACAAUAACAGAUCCAGUCUAGACAGCCUUGCAAUCCGUAUUAAGUUUAUCUGCACGCACACGCGCAUUAACCAUUGCCAGUUCGUUUCUCUGAGUCAUUUUCACGAACACUGACAGGCUCCUUAUAUCUCUCCUCGGAUUUGCGCCACCGGAGAAGCUUCGUUGCAGUAUUUGAAAUGCUUUUCUAAUCGAUUCAUACUUGGUUUUUUUUUUGUGAAGCGUUGUUGAGUGUUUCGGAUUUUUUAGAGGAAUGGACGGUACCGACGGAACAGUGAGAUUGGGAGCGCUGAACCUGAAGGCGGCUCGGGGCUUGGAUUUGGAUCCAGAUGUGUCGGUUUCGUCGCCGGUGACUAGACAGAAGGCUGCUGCCGCCAAGCAGUUCAUUGAGAACCAUUACAAGAACCACUUGCAAGGGUUACAGGAUCGUAUGGAGAGACGUCGAGCUCUUCAAAAGAGGGCACAAGAAGCUCAAAUUCCAACUGAGGAGCAAGAGGAGAUGCUGAGGAAUCUGGAGCGUAGGGAAACUGAAUACAUGAGGCUACAAAGACGGAAAAUUGGAAUUGAUGAUUUUGAACAAUUAACUGCAAUUGGAAAAGGUGCAUUUGGAGAGGUUAGAUUAUGCCGUGCCAAAAAUACAGGAGAGAUAUUUGCAAUGAAGAAAUUAAAGAAAUCAGACAUGCUUAGCCGUGGACAGGUUGAGCAUGUCCGAUCUGAGAGAAACCUACUUGCAGAGGUUGAUAGCCGAUGCAUUGUAAAACUGUUCUAUUCUUUUCAAGAUUCUGAUUUCUUAUACCUUAUCAUGGAGUAUUUGCCUGGUGGUGACAUUAUGACACUACUGAUGAGAGAAGAUAUUUUGUCUGAAGAAGUAACGCGUUUUUACAUUGCGGAAAGCAUUUUGGCUAUUCAUUCAAUUCAUCAACACAAUUACAUUCAUAGGGACAUCAAACCUGAUAACCUGAUACUAGACAAAAAUGGUCACUUAAAGCUUUCAGAUUUUGGUCUGUGUAAGCCCCUAGAUGAUAAAUAUUCAUCAAUUUUGUUGGAGGAUGAUGAUAUUACCUCUGAGGAGUCAACCAUUAAUGCUGAAGCCCAGUCUGGUUCUGGUCAAGCUCCUUGGUUGAUGCCAAAGGAACAAUUACAACGAUGGAAGCGCAAUCGCCGCGCAUUGGCCUAUUCAACUGUUGGGACUCUUGAUUACAUGGCACCCGAAGUCUUACUAAAGAAGGGAUAUGGGAUGGAAUGCGAUUGGUGGUCGCUUGGUGCAAUCAUGUAUGAGAUGCUCAUAGGCUAUCCUCCCUUCUGUUCUGAUGAUCCCCGGAUCACCUGCCGCAAGAUAGUUAAUUGGAGAACCUGCCUUAAACUCCCUGAGGAUCCAAAAAUAUCAAAUGAAGCUAGGGAUUUGAUUUGGCACCUGCUCUGUGAUGUUGAAACAAGACUAGGGACCAGGGGAGUAGAAGAACUGAAGGGACAUCCUUGGUUCAGAGGCGUUCAGUGGGAGAAGCUGUAUGAAAUGGAAGCUGCUUAUAAACCCAUGGUUAAUGGAGACUUGGACACUCAGAAUUUUGAGAAGUUUCCUGAAUUAGAAGGUUCACCCUCUACAAUACCAGAAGUGGGGCCUUGGAGGAAGAUGUUGACAUCAAAAGAUAUGAAUUUCAUAGGAUUCACUUUCAAAAAGUCAGAUGUUCUUAAAUCACUUGAGAGCUCAGGAACAGACAUGAGAUCCAAUGGACCUCCUAAAGCCCCAUCUCUGGUUUCCUUGCUAGACCAAAUUGGUAUUCAGGAAACAGCAAUACCAGAGGGUGGUGAGCAGAAGCAGGAAAGUUGAUUUGAGCUUCUGUGUUUGCUUCUGUUGAGGCUCGAGGGUAGUUUUUCCUAUUCAAGUUGUAAUCUGCAGAAGACAUUCUCAAACAAGACUGAAUUUGACAAGAAUUGCUGCACGAAGACACUAAUAAAGUGAAUGCAAGAAAACAGCACGUCAUCUUGACCCCUGUUCUUCAGGUCGUUGUCCAGACUUUGAGAAUAAGAGCUACCAUAAAGCUGAAAAGUAUGUUAGAAAUCCAUUCUGAACUCCAUUCUUUUCUCUUCAUGUAAAUCCAGUAUUAACAGCCGAUCAAGUAAAUGCAUUUUUUUUUUCAAUCAUGGGUUGCACAAUGGACCCUCCUCCACCCCUUAACCCACCCUAUCCACAUGAAUUCUUUCAAUAGAUCAUUCAAAAUUUGGAAUUCAUGUCUCAAAAUGAGAAAAAGUAUUAUAUCAUGCACAACGUUUCACAUGCAUCUCCACCAACUUGCUUGGCAUGAUUCUGCUUUCCACUAGCUGCUUGUCCAGAUGCAUUGCUUUGAUGGAUCUGUUAUCUCGACCCUCUAAACUUUAUUUGUUAAUUUGUUUCUUCUCAGAAACCAAGAAAGAAUAUUUCUUCUC